AUGUCCGCGGUAAGGGUGGACUGGCACGGUCUAGAUGCUCCGAGAAUCCCGCCAUUUGGGCGCUCCCCGCCAAUCGUCGAUGGGCUUCCCACGGCGUGCAUUAGUUGGCGACAAUCAGCGUCCAUCCUGCCUCCCCUCCGUAUUAAUACCCAGGGUAUCUUAGCCGAUCGAGCUGUGAAUUUGCAUUCUGCACCGCUGCGACUCGACCUGCUUCUGCUCUCCUUCACCUCCCCCACAUCGGCGGCAAUAAACACUUUCUCAUUGCGACUUCUGCCCUCCCGUUCGAACGCCUCGUCGUUUCACCAGUCCUUCUUUUACCGCCAUUCUCCAGCUUCCGAUCUCUUCUCCCUCCAUUCCGCUAGACUCUAUCAAAUCCAGAUCGACUGUCUUGUGCGUCAAUCGAACUCGUCCGCCUGGUCCUUGUCCGAGUCCGAGGAACUCCCUCCAGCCCGGCCGCUUACCGCACCUGCGCAAGGCUCUCGGCGCAGCGCGAUCAAGCGGCAAUCGCUCGUCUCCUCCCCUCUCUAUGAACUGUCAAGAAGGAUCUGGCUCGUCGAGGUUGUUUCCUCCCCGCAGUACCCCCGGAGUGCUUCGCUCUCAACGGCCGCGUGCCCAUGGUGGUGCGGGUGCAGCGCUUUCAGCAUGGCCGCCUUCGUGCGAGUGUCGGGGCCGCCGAAUGGCAAUUUUCUGAUCGGUUACCCCGGUAUAUCUGCAACGAUGCCACGUAUUGAAGGCAAAGUCGAGAUUCGACCCAGCGUGGGCGUCACCGCCCCUGUCCACGUUUCACUGAUCACUAUCUCCCUGCAUCGUCGCGAGACAAUACACCCUUCGGCCGACUCGAUGGCGAAGAAACGCCUGGCGCCUCCCAGGAAGGAAAUAACGGAUACUGUGGGCAAGGAGAUGCUGCUGUUCCGCUGUCCAGCGGGUCGAGAAUUCGAGGAGGUGAUCUCAAUGGAUCUGCCGUUUGUGCUGUUCAUUCCGUUCGGGCGUGGGGGUCCCGAUGCUUCCAGACGAGUCCCCCCGGCGAGCUUGCAAUUACCCAGUCGCACGGCGGAGACCUACUACGAGAUCGUGGUAAUGGUGCAGCAGGGGCAUUCGGACCAGAGGAAAUACUCGUUCCCCGUGCCUAUCACACGAUAUGAUACGCUGUCCACGUUCGGCAUGUACAAUCGCCCGGAGUCUGCAGAAAAGGUGAGCGACCACUUGGUUACGCUGGGGAUAUCGUUGCCGAGAUGGUCCUACGGCCCUUUGGACCCGGUCAGCGUGUACGUGAAACUGUCGCCCAACCAGGACUGGAUUAGCAAGGCGCGGAGGGUCACCAUCAGCAAGAUCACCAUCGCAAUUGAUGAAGAGAUUAUCUACAACCACGAAGGCGACGAACCGCAACGGAAAGUGCGGACAUUGACCAAGAGAACCGAGCCCGUAGGAAUGAAACUGCCGCCGUCCGGUUACCUAACAAAUCUGGGUCUGGUGUUUCCGGCCAAGGACAUGCGGGAUGCGGAGGGAAUCCUACCCAGAGGGAAAGCGCCCUUUCCCACCUAUGCUGUCAGCGGAUUUACAACCACUGCGAGCCUCUAUAAGAUCGAAUACUAUCUGAUAGUAAAGGCGCACCUCUCUUCCGCACGAGAUAUCAUCAUUCGUCAUCCGAUCGUUGUCUGUCCCCUUGACCACGCCGGGUGCAAGGAGGAAAUGGAGGCCAUCGAGCAGGCGGCUCGAGAAGCCGUCCAUGUGAACCCCGAUAACCCCAUGCUACCACUGCCCUCGAUAGUCCGUCCUGGCGAUCACAACGCUCUACGGCAUCUGGGGGUGGCCAUUGUCGGCAAACAGAAGAAGCCGCUAAUCGACUGA